UGCGCCUCAAAGCUGUGAAUGGUAGCAGAUUAUGGGCGUGAGACAGCCUCAAACCCAUUUUCUUGGUUUCGUGGGUUUCAGUCUUUCAGUCAGUUCCAGGCGACAUGGUUGGCCGUGGAUUUCGGUUAGAUUUUUUACACUCAAAAUUUUUUUCCUCCACGUGCCAUUCACACUUUUUCAUCCUUGGUCUGAUUCUUGCUCAUGCUCAAGCAUCUCCAGCAAGUUGCAAGUCAAAGAACAUUUCUGCCUUAUAUCAGCACUGCGGACUUCACCGAGAUGGAGUUCAUGAUUUACACUGUUUUAAUAAACAUGAUGGCACAGUAAUCUGUGAGUGGAAACCUGGAUACCACACAGCAAAAAAGACAUAUACACUCAUCAUACAACAACAAGAUAAAUUUUGUUUAGAAUACAAAAAUGUGGAUGGAAACUCAGCGAUGAUCAAGUUAUUUAAAAAGUACAACAUGACCGCUCAGGUUUUUGAAAACAUUGAGUCAACAAAUUGUACCAAAGCAGUCUUCAGAGGGUCAGCAGGGGGCCUGUUGAGAUGUGGUCCUCCAGAUAAAGUGACAUUCAGCCGCGACUUGGGGAAACUGUUUGUGAAUGUGAGCUGGCAAAAGAAUGACAUAAAGGUCAUCGAAAAUUACUCUGUGACAUAUAACGCACUGGGCAGCCUAUUAGGGAGCAAGUUGUCAGCGCAAUCCAAAAUCGGAGAGAUAAAUAAAGUGGAGAAUCUGAACUCCUCAUUAGCCUAUGUUGUACAGGUAAAGUGUGUCACUAAUGAUAAGUGUAAAGAUUGCCCAUGGAGUGACACCUACACUGUCCCACCAGAACUGACAACACGGCCUGUCAUCGUCAAACUUCAAGAGAGCGACAUUGCAGAGAGAAAAGGCUGCCGGCUGCUUUUUCUAAAGUGGAAGUUUGCUACCAAAGAGCUGCACGACGGCUACCGUGUGACCAUUGGGAAAGCGUCAGGAGAGGCCCUACGUGAGCGGAUAAACGUCACUCAGCCUGAGAUGAGACUGAUUCUCUCCUAUUCAGCUUAUCGUCUCAACAUCAAAGCCUUCAACAACGUUAGCAUCUCCCCAGCCGUCACCCAGAUGAUACCACAGCGAGAAGGUGUAGAAGCCGGGAAGCUGAACGUGACAGUCAACAGUGAGACAUCUUUUACUAUCUAUUGGAAAGAUGACCUCAUCAAAACUUAUGUCUGCUAUUCUGUGGAGUGGAGGGAAAAGGGGCAUAAAGCAGCAGGCAUGUCCUUUUAUCAGGAUGCAGACAACCACAGGACCUUAUCCCCUUUAAAAGAGCCUUUGGAGCCUUACAAGAGGUACAGCAUCACUCUGCAUACACGACCAAACAAGGACACCUGCAACAUGAAGCAUGUCAACAACAGUGAGAGCACCUAUGGGAGCACACAGUUCUAUUUCAUUGAAGGAUCUCCUGUCAGUGCUCCCACAAACAUCAGCAUCUACAAUGUGACACUGAAUUCAGUGGAGCUGCAGUGGUCGUCCAUCCCAGAGGAAGACGUCAGAGGUUUCCUGCUGGGUUACAUAAUCCACUACAUUGAGUACCACCACAGGGAGACACAUACAGAGAUAAAUAUUACAGUGGAUCCAGAGUUUAACAGCUAUAAAUUGGGAGAUCUCAAGAGCGACACAACGCACCAGGUCCAGAUAUCAGCGUUCACCCGGGCAGGAGCUGGAGUACGAAGCACAGCAACCCUCUUUAAAACAAAUCAUCAAGAUUAUUUUAGUGCCAGUAGUAUCAUCAUAGUCUUUACAGUUUUGGCCAUUGUGGUGAUGUUUGGAGCUCCGAUAAUAAAAAGAGCAAAAGUUAUUCUGUGGCCCAGCAUACCUAACCCUGGACACAGCAACACAAUGCAGAAAAUAGACGGGCCCUGUGAGCUGGAACUCCUAGAGUCCAUCAACAUCCUGAAGGUAGAAGAAUGGGAUACGAAUAGUCUUCAUAUAGUUGAGAAAGAAGCUGUGAUCCCUGUAAUCACAUUACCAUCAACAAUACCUCUUCUCCGUGACUCAGAGGAUGAGGAAGAUUCACCAGAAAUGACUUGUGACGAUUGGUUCCAAAGAGACAGCGAGGACACUACUGGAGAUAUCAUACCUCACGCUACCGCAGACGCAUUCUCGGACACACAACAGACAAACCUCCAAAGUUCACCUUGUGCGUUUUCAAGUGAAUACACAACAAUGGAAAUGUUUCAGCAGGUGAUUCCUCAGGGCACGCCGGCGAAUACAUCAGUUACUGAAGCCAUGGAAAGCGAGCCAGAAGACAUAGAAUUGACUGUGAUGAAGUCAGGAUUGGACUAUCUGGGUCAUUUCGGUACCAGUCCAGUCUUGGAUAGCGAGGAGAUAUCCACGUUUUUGGAGCGGUGUGGAACAUGACAGCAGAGCAUGAAGAGCAAACCAAGUCGUUCUUCUAAAUGAAGGUCUAUUUAGAAGUGGAUGAUGAAGGGAUGUCAUAUUCACUGGUCCAGUUUGAGUUUAAGAAAUUUUGUCCCUUUCUUACCUCGCUGUAUAUAUACGCACUACUUGAAAAAACUCAUCUGUCUUGCCACAUUAUUGCUUGUCACAUUAUUGCUGCUCAUUUUUGUUCAAACUUCACAUAACCUGCACGUUACUAUAUAUUCUUCAACAUUCAAUAUUAUUUUAUUAUUUCCAUCUGUAGAUGUUAAUGACUGAAAGUGCCCUCAUUUACAUGCCAUGACUUUUUAUAUUGAUGUAAAAACUUUGCAAUGCAGUUGUCCUACUUAAUGUCGAUCUCUGUCUGUAUCUUAUUACUUAUACUCACAAUUAUAGUAUUUACUGCUUUGUUACACCAAUGUUUAUUGCUUACGGCUUGUACAUUUCACUAAAAAAAACAAAACAAAACAUGUCAACCUCAUGGUGCUCAUUGGCAGUGAUGUGAAGUAGCCAAUAAUGACUGUUACACAAACUCAAAACCACAAUUACAAUGUAUAAUAGAAUUCAUGAAAGGAAAUAAAAGUCUUUUGGAUAAUGUUACAUUAAAUGUAAAAAGCUUUCAUGUGACCAGAUGUGUGUUUUAUCACAGAACUGUAGAAAAAUGUAGUCUAGUCACUGCUUGUGGAGCUGAACUGUGCACAGUAAAUCUCAGUCUACUCUGAUAACAGGAGGGUCUGAUUUAUUAGACUAUAGCCUAACUUUUCAUUGGUAGAAACCGUCCAAAUGAUACAAAAAGUAGUCCAAACUAGCACAACCCGCUCAAUUAAAUAGAAGUAUCUGGCAACACUGUUCAGAGGAUAACCAGAGUUGGACUUAUCCUCUGUGUGAUGGCCGCACUUGCAGCCACAAGUGUUUUGGGGAGGAAUUCUGUUGUUUAUUGCUUAGUUGGUAGUGUUCGUCAUUUGUCAGUUACCCCUCUUGUGUUAUGGUCUGAUCAGCCAGUAUAUAUGUUCCCCUUUGUGUUCAUUUUGGAAGGUCUGUUAGUAGAGUUACGUUCACUUUAGUUGAGUUCUGUUUAUUUUACCUCUUUUAUGGGCCCUGAACUUUAUUUACAUAUUUUG